CCCACGCCUUGAGAAGGAUUCCUAUCGAUUCGCUGAGCGCUCGGCAGCUCUUUCUGGUAGCAGGCGGCCAUCUUGCCUGGAACCUGAGAGAGGGAGAACACCGAUAGAAGGAACGGCCGACACUGGUCUCAGGGCCGCCCCGGGGGCCUCAAGAGCCGGAGGCAGCCCCGGAGGCUCCCGCGGGCGGACACGCCAGAAGAGGAGGCCGGGGAAUGGCCGCGGUGUGGCAGCAAGUCUUAGCAGUGGACGCGAGGUACAACGCGUACCGCACACCAACAUUUCCACAGUUCCGGACCCAGUAUAUUCGUCGGCGCAGCCAGCUCCUGCGGGAGAAUGCCAAGGCUGACCAUCCCCCAGCGCUGCGUCGGCAGUACCUGAGGCUGCGGGGGCAGCUGCUGGGCCAGCGCUACGGGCCCCUCUCCGAGCCAGGCAGUGCUCGUGCCUACAGCAACAGCAUCGUCCGCAGCAGCCGCACUACCCUUGACCGCAUGGAGGACUUUGAGGAUGAUCCUCGGGCCCUGGGAGCCCGUGGACACCGCCGUUCUGUCAGCCGCGGCUCCUACCAACUGCAGGCACAGAUGAACCGUGCCGUUUAUGAGGACAGGCCACCCGGCAGUGUGGUGCCCACGUCGGUGGCAGAGGCAAGUCGGGCCAUGGCUGGGGACACAUCGCUGAGUGAGAACUACGCCUUUGCGGGCAUGUACCAUGUUUUUGACCAGCACGUGGAUGAGGCAGUCCCAAGGGUGCGCUUCGCCAAUGAUGACCGGCACCGCCUGGCCUGCUGCUCACUCGACGGCAGCAUCUCCCUGUGCCAGCUGGUGCCUGCCCCACCCACCGUGCUCCGCGUGCUGCGGGGCCACACCCGUGGUGUCUCCGACUUCGCCUGGUCUCUCUCCAAUGACAUUCUCGUGUCCACCUCGCUUGAUGCCACCAUGCGCAUUUGGGCCUCUGAGGAUGGCCGCUGCAUCCGGGAGAUCCCUGACCCCAGUGGUGCUGAACUGCUCUGCUGCACCUUCCAGCCCGUCAACAACAACCUCACUGUGGUGGGGAAUGCCAAGCAGAAUGUGCAUGUCGUGAACAUCUCCACGGGCAAGAAGGUGAAGGGUGGCUCCAGCAAGCUAACAGGCCGUGUCCUCGCUCUGUCCUUUGAUGCCCCUGGCCGGCUGCUCUGGGCGGGUGAUGACCGUGGCAGUGUCUUCUCCUUCCUCUUCGACAUGGCCACAGGGAAGCUGACCAAAGCCAAGCGUCUGGUGGUGCAUGAGGGGAGCCCUGUGACUAGCAUCUCUGCCCGCUCCUGGGUCAGCCGUGAGGCCCGGGACCCCUCACUGCUCAUCAAUGCCUGCCUCAACAAGCUGUUGCUCUAUAGGGUGGUGGAUAACGAGGGGACCCUGCAGCUUAAGAGAAGCUUUCCUAUUGAGCAGAGCUCACACCCUGUGCGCAGCAUCUUCUGCCCGCUCAUGUCCUUCCGCCAGGGGGCCUGCGUGGGUAAGUCUUGUGGGGGCAGGGACCAGGGCUGGUGCCCACCUGGCUCAAACAUCGUGACACCCUGA